AUGUACAAGACGCGCAUCGAGAAGGUGGUGGUCUCCGCGCCCUCGGCGGCGCUCCCCGUCAUCGCCGUCCUCACCAGCGACUGCGGGGUCAUCGUCUCGACCCGCCGCCGGGGCGGCGAGGUCAACUCGUGCCUGGUGCUGAGCGAGCGCUUAAUCAUCGACAUCGCUCUGUUUCAAGGGAAGAUCUACGGCGUCUCCAACACCGAGGAGCUCGUCGGCUUCGAGCUCGGCAAUGGCCGCCUCCGCAAGCCGACCCCGGCGGGAGCCAGGCCCGACGUGGCAGGCGGCGUCACGCUGAUAGAAGGCAGCCGGGCACACGACUCCGUGGACUCCCGCUGCAGUGCUCGUUACAUACGCUACAGGAUCCAGAGAAGAUUUCCCGACAGCGUGGCCCGGCUGUACCUCGUCGAGUCCGACGGCAAGCUGCUGAUGGUGAGGCGAUGGGUGAGAUGGGACGCGCCGGAGAGCAUGGCGAGGCGGUGCGUGAGAGCGGCCGCGGACGGGCCGGGUGGUUACAGGCGCAUGGAGCGGACUCGGCGGCUGGACGUGUUCGAGGCGGAGCUUGGAGACGGCAGGCCGCGGGCUGGCCAGUGGAAGAAGGUCGACGGCCUGGGUGGCCGGGCGAUCUUCGUGUGUGCGCGGUGCUCCAAGUCUGCCCCCGCCGGUGACGGAGCUCGAGAAGAUUGUGUCUACUUCCUGCGGCGCCAGUACCUCGGGAGGAAGCCCGGUGACGGCUCGCUCGGGGACUCCGGCGUGUACGACAUGAGACGUAAAACUAUCACGGCGUUGCUGCCGGAGUCGUCAGUGCCCGCGCCCCUGCCGUGGGAUAGCCCGCGGUUUCCGACGUGGUUCUUCCCCGUUGAAGACUGA